AUGUUCUCCGAAUCAAAUGCAGAGUACUCACCCCGGCAGGGCAGCGACUGGAGGAGCAAAUUCACGACGAAGCAGCUACAGCGCAAGCGACUUGUCGACCGUUUCGGCCAGAAGAGGACUCGAGAGCACAACAAACGGAACAUGGCCAAACUCGAAGAAAGGAUCCAGCUACUACUACAAGGCGAGCACUCCACUUUGUUUCGAAAUGUGAUGCAGGAGAAUGCUGCGCUAUGGGCGACUUUGGAUCACUAUGAAAACAAAAUGGGCACUAUACUGCUGUGCAGUGCCGACUGCCUUGGUCUCACCAACAUUCCUCUGCAAGCUUCAAACACAGAGCACGCGGGUUCAGCUGCGAAAGGCGGCGAGCAUUCCCAAUCCCAGUCACUCCCAGCGCAACCGGACCCCACCGCAGUUGACGUGGUUUGCACACGCCUUGCUCAAGACAAAGCUCUUCCCUUUCUCAGUCUGGCCGUCUUCCACGGCCUUCCGGGUCGCCAGCAAAUCCAAAAUUACCUCUUAGAGCAGUCAACGGACGACAUCAUCGAGCACGUCAAUUCAUGGAAAAUCGUCGCGAACCACGGUCUGGGAUUCAACUUCCUCGUUGAUCAGUUUGGCCUGGAUAAAGCGCCAAUGAACUUGUCCGCCGACAAAAUCAAGCAGCGAGUUCUGUCAAAGACCUUCUACAAAGACACCAUCAAGAAGCUGAUUUCUCCAAGUCCUUCUUUCGGCGCACCUUCUCCUGACCAUCAAGACAACACCUCAGUGCAAGUCUCGGAGAUGGAGUGCCAGCGACGAGCGAUUCUCUUGUGCGCAUGCGAAAUGACCCGAGGCUGGCGUCUUUUGUAUCAAUCCAGCGUCGCAUGUCUAGCUACGUUCUGGCUCAAUUAUCGGCUUCUCACGUUUCUAACAUUCCCGUGUCGGGAGAACCUACUACAGCUGCCAGCCUGGCUCUGGCCGAGUCCGGCCCAGCUAUCGCGAGAGCAUCCGGGCUUCAUCGAUUUCCUCGUCUGGCCGAAUCUUCGCAACCAUCUUGUGGACAACUGGUACAUCUACAAUAUCAAGGUGCUUGCUAUUCAACUCGCGCAGAACUUCACGCUCUUACAUUGGGAAUCUCUGAACCCCGACGACAUGCUGAUUGUCUUAGACGAUCCGUUUGAAUUCAGACUGAAACAGGAUUUUGCGUCACAUUUAAGUGAUCUGAACAAUUUUGGGUUGUCUCCUGACUUCUAUUGCCACUUUCCUGACUUGCAACCAGUGUCCUCGGAUGGUUGUACAUCAGUUCAAGGCGGAGUUGAUAAGAACGCCCAGCCCAGUUGCCCUGAUUGGGGUUUGGGGGACCGGGAGACGAGGUCCGCAAGUCCUAAGCGACAUCGUGGCUCGAAGUCCAGCAGUCAUGUCGCACCUCUCAACCAGUACGCUCUUCAUAAUGAAAGUGACUGUGAUGGCGCUCACAAAGUGUCUUCAGCCAGGCUCGGAGAGGUUGACAACUUCGAGCUCGGAGCCAUCCAAGACAUCGGGUUUGAGGAUGCCACUCUAUCUAUGGAUUUUUUUGACAUGGCAGGCAACGGGACACCAGGGAUUUGA